UUUCUUUCAAAGAUGGAAUUUUGACCCGUAUUAUUAAUCAGUAGUACCAUGUUCUUGCAGUUUUUAGAUUAACACAAAAUAGUUGUGUUAGUCUUCUGAUGAGUUGUAGCUGAAGAAACAUGUCAGUUUAUGACAGUUUCAGGAACUGGGGAAAAAAGAAAGUAGUCGCAGAAGACUAACAGGAAAGCAAUAAUUUUCGGGCUUUAAUGGACAGUUAAAAGGUUUCUGAACAGAGGAAAAUACAUUACUUUUCUGCAGUAAAUGAGUAGCGGUGAGAGAGUAAAUGCAAACACCUGUAAAUUGUAAAAAGCGAAAAAAUAGGGAAAGCCAAUUCCAUUUAUGGUGGGGCAAUCAACAGUCCAAGCUGCAAUCUCCCUCAGUUUUCUUACUGACAUUGGUGGGUCUUUUUAUUAUCUUCAAUGUUACGCAUCUCUAUAGCUUGUUUUCGAGUAAAACAGAGGAACCCAUCAACCAAAAAAGUUGAUUUCAAAUUUCAUGUUUCGUCCUUUCCCUCUGUAUAAAAGGCCUUUCUUUCUGUUCCAAAGUAAAUGAUUCAGGCCAAACUUUUAACUGAUUUUGUCUACCUUGAACAUACAGUAUAAGAAUUAAUAACAUAUACUACUUGUGAGUUGUGAGACUACUCUUUAGUAGUGUGUACUUUGAGAGUGAAACGCCAGAGCAAAGGUAUAAUGACGGCUGAGAGCAAUGCUGAUGGAAAACCGAGUAGAAAAGUUGAAGGAGGAGAAGAAGUUUUGAGGAAGGUAGAAUGUCUAAGAGGGAGAUUGCUUGCUGAAAGAGCUGCUUCAAGAAAUGCUAAAGAAGAAGCUGACCAAUUUGAGAAAAAGGUCUGUUCUUCAAUCCCCCUCGUUUUUUUUUUACUGUUUAAGAAUGCAGGAGGACUUAAUUUGAUUCCCAAUCUUCAAUCUUAAAGUUACUUCUACUUCUGUUGAGAAUGUAGUGUGUGUGUUUAAUUUGCUUUACCCCUAGUAUAGAGAUAAAGUUGCAAACUUUGUCCUUAAUACACGAUUUUUUUGCCAUUUCCGGGGGGAAAAAAACAAAAGUUAAUGGAGCUGGAGACUCGUUUGAAAGAAGAGACCAAAUCAAGAAAUAGGGCUGAGAGAAGGCUUAAAUCCCUGAUAAAGAAGCUGGAGUCUUUGGAGAUUUUCUAUGUCUCCGAUGAAUCAGAACGGUCCGGAUUCCUGGAGAAGAGUGAAAUUUCCUCUGCCUCUUCCGUUGCUUCAACAAGCACCAAAGAAGCAGACAACCAUAGUAAACCAGUCAAAAUCAAUCCAAAUGUUACCCCUGCUUCUUCAACUCACAACAGUCAAGAACAACCAGCAGUUCCACAGAUUCCUCCUACUCAAGAGUCCUCCUCUUUCCCUGAUAUGGAUUCCAGACCAAACAAUGUUUCCAAAAUUAAAGUAUCAUCCUCGGAGAGUUUUGUUACCCCUGCUGAUGAAAAGUUGGAAACUGCAGAAAUAACGAACCCAACAACUUCAUCUGCAGAAAAGUGUCCAGAAAGUCCAACACCUAUGGAGAAUUCAAGCUCUGUAACAGAAGAAGAGGACAUUGCAAAAUCUAGCACAAGUGCAUCCACUGAAACUGAAAGCAAUAGCUCUAAAUGUGGUGGACUCGAUUUGAACAAAGAAAACCAGAAGGAGAAGGUGGAGCAAGAUGAUGAUGAGAAUGUGGACAACUCAUUGGCAAUUGUAGCCAUUGAUUUGCCAAAGAAAGAGCAGAGAAUUGAUCCAGUUGUUCUUGAUGCCACUGUGAAAGAAGUACUAGAUGCACUUAGGCACGCUAAACAAAAGCUUCAAACUUCAAUGGAGAGAAGACGAAUGAUUAGAGUUGGGUAAAAAAAAGGAUUCGUUAAAAAAAGUUACCACUUUUCUCACCAAAAACAUGGCAUUGAUGUCAGUGAACCCAGUCAUCAUUAUGAAUCACUCCAGUAGCCAGUUCUGUGAAAUGUAAAUUGACUUUUUUAGACUUCUGGGCUCUUAUUGGGCCUCCUCUCUCUCUGCAGCUGGAUCUCUUUAAAGGCCCAUAGUAGGCUCCUUAAUAGCCUCAAGUUUCGCGGACUUCCACUACUUCGAAAUUGAAAAACCAUUCUGUUGAUGGGCAAUAUCCUGACUUUGUUAUGGACUCGGUAGACCCGAAUAUGUUAUAUUGUGUGCCUAGCUUAUAGUAUUUCAUUAUUAUGGUGACGGUUUAGCCUCCUUUCAAUUACCGAAACAAAAAAAUAGUCUGAUUUGGUAAAUUCACUACAAGAUGUACUUGUAAUGUCCACAUCAGAAACAAAACUUUCAAAGCUAGGUGCAUUUCAUUUGCCGUUUACACGAGGAUGAGACAAG